AUGGAAAACGAUACAAAAAUAUCUAGUUCAGCAAAAGUGUCACCGAUGCAGCCGUCUGGUGAAAACUUACGAAAACCUGGCACAACGGUGGCGGCACCUACCGAAAAUGCCACUCCCCAGGUACCACCAGCUGGCGCCGAGGAUCCUUCGUUGGGCGAUGGAACAGGAGCCAACAAUCAACCGAAGCGUCCGCUGAGGCGUCCGGGGAAAGUGAUACCUGAUCGUCCGCAGCGUGUAUUUUACUGUCUCACAUUGAAAAAUCCGCUCCGAAAGCUGUGUAUCAAAGUGGUAGAAUGGAAACCGUUUGAAUAUCUCAUUCUGUUAACUAUUUUUGCAAAUUGUGUUGCUUUAGCAACGUACACUCCUUUCCCAAAUGGCGACUCCAAUGCAACUAAUGCGAUGUUGGAAAAGGUGGAACACAUAUUUCUUAUCAUUUUCACGCUCGAGUGUGUGAUGAAAUUAAUUGCAUACGGUUUUAUCAUGCACCCUGGCGCAUAUCUUCGAAGUCGGUGGAAUAUGUUGGAUUUCACUAUUGUUCUAAUCGGGAUGAUAAGCACCACGUUAUCCAGUAUUAUGAAGGACGGUUUCGAUGUUAAAGCGCUAAGAGCAUUCCGUGUACUGCGCCCACUGCGGUUAGUUUCCGGAGUACCAAGCCUUCAAGUUGUACUUAAUUCCAUUCUACGAGCAAUGGUACCAUUGUUACACAUAGCUUUGUUAGUGUUGUUUGUAAUAAUCAUUUAUGCGAUCGUGGGUCUAGAGCUAUUUUCUGGAAAAAUGCAUAAGACUUGCUUCCACAAUAUUACAGAGGACAUGAUGGAAGACCCGACACCGUGUGGUGAAGGCGGUUUCCAGUGUAGUUCUAUUGGUACACAUUGGAUCUGUCGCUACUAUUGGGAAGGACCUAAUGCCGGUAUUACGAAUUUUGAUAACUUUGGUUUAUCGAUGCUUACGGUGUUUCAGUGCAUCACCUUAGAAGGAUGGACAGAUAUGCUGUACUAUAUCGAAGAUGCGAUGGGAAGCAAUUGGCAAUGGAUAUACUUUGUAUCGAUGGUGAUACUGGGAGCUUUUUUCGUCAUGAACCUUAUUCUCGGUGUUUUGAGCGGUGAGUUUUCCAAAGAACGUACCAAAGCAAAGAGCCGUGGUGAUUUUCAGAAGCUUCGCGAAAAGCAACGAAUCGAGGAAGAUCUUAAAGGAUACUUGGACUGGAUUACCCAGGCAGAAGAUAUCGACACUUAUCAAGACCCGCCCUCACCUGGAAAGAUGAUUUCGGAAGGAUUUAUGAAGGGAACUAAGGCGAUGCUCGCCGGCACUGGAUCGACAGGUCUAGUAGGAGUAUCGUCUGACUCAACGGAAGUACACAGCUGCGCCGAAGCUAACAUGGACUAUGCACUGCCAAUCGCCGAAUCGUGGCAUAGUCGGUAUUUUCGAACAUGGGAUCGCUUGAAUCGUAAGAUGCGACGGUCAUGCCGUAAGGCGGUCAAGUCGCAAGCAUUUUACUGGCUUAUCAUCAUUCUGGUAUUUCUGAACACGGGUGUACUGGCCACUGAGCAUUACCAUCAACCGCAAUGGCUGGAUGACUUCCAAGAGUACACCAACAUGUUCUUUGUUGCACUAUUUUCACUGGAAAUGUUUCUCAAAAUGUACAGCCUAGGGUUGCAGGGAUAUUAUGUAUCGUUAUUCAAUCGCUUCGACUGCUUCGUCGUUAUUGGCAGUGUUGUCGAAGUACUGCUGACUAAUACGCAGUUGAUGCCUCCGCUCGGCAUAUCUGUCUUACGCUGUGUGCGACUGUUACGCGUCUUCAAAGUUACCAAAUACUGGCAGUCACUGUCGAAUCUCGUUGCAUCAUUGCUUAACUCUAUACAAUCAAUUGCAUCACUGUUACUGUUACUGUUUCUAUUUAUUGUAAUAUUUGCUCUUCUGGGAAUGCAAGUAUUUGGAGGGCGGUUCAUCUUUAAUUCCAUGGACAAUAAGCCUCGUUCUAAUUUUGACAGCUUUGUACAAAGUCUACUGACCGUGUUUCAGAUCCUCACCGGUGAAGACUGGAAUGCUGUUAUGUACGAUGGUAUCCAAGCUUAUGGAGGGGUAGCAUCAUUUGGAAUUCUGGCUAGCAUCUAUUUCAUUAUUCUUUUUAUCUGCGGAAACUAUAUUUUGUUAAAUGUUUUCCUUGCCAUCGCCGUUGACAACCUAGCCGAUGCCGAAUCAUUGACAGCUGUCGAAAAGGAAGAUGAUCCUGAUACAGAGCUGGAUAUUUUGACCGAAAAGUCUGACAACGAACUGGGUGAUCGAGAGAACGACAACGAGGAUGACGAGGACCUUGAUGAAACCGAAGACCCUGAAGAACCGGAAGAUGAUGACGGGCAUGGUUAUGAUAAUGAGCAAUCCAGUCGAGCGUAUGGAUCUCGUUUUAAGAAAAUGGAGGAACCUAUCGUGGAAAAGAAUAGUAAAAAUGCAAAUGUCACGAAAUCCACCAUCAGUACCAGCAACACUAAAACUGCAUCAGCAACGUUAGAAGAGACGAAAAAAACGCGCAUCAGUAGAGUAGUGAUUCAAGAUCACUGUGAAGCGAUUGAAAUUCCGAACGAUCGCACUUCCGCUCACACAACAUACGCCAAACGAUUAUCGGAGGCCGUGGUAUCCAGCAGCCCCAUACCUAUAUCAGAUGAAAAGUCACUCUUUCUAUUGAAGCCUACCAACAGAUUUCGACAGUUUUGCCACUGGUUAUGUAAUCAUACCGUGUUCGGUAACAUAAUUCUGUUGUGCAUCAUGCUUUCAUCCGUAAUGCUUGCUGCAGAGGACCCGCUGAACGCCAACUCGGAGCGAAAUCAAAUUUUGAAUCAAUUCGAUUUCUUCUUUACCGCCGUAUUUGCUAUCGAGCUCAUUUUGAAGGUUAUUGCGUAUGGAUUUAUACUGCACAAGGGUGCCUUUUGCCGGUCAGCCUUCAAUUUGCUCGAUCUGUUAGUGGUCAGUGUUUCGUUGGUGUCAAUGCUGUUCAGCUCAGGAACAAUAUCUGUGGUCAAAAUUUUACGAGUCCUACGAGUGCUAAGGCCAUUGAGGGCUAUUAACAGAGCAAAAGGAUUGAAGCACGUUGUGCAAUGUGUAAUAGUGGCAGUAAAAACCAUCGGAAACAUUGUCCUGGUUACAUUUUUGUUGCAAUUCAUGUUCGCAGUGAUCGGGGUACAGCUGUUUAAGGGUAAAUUCUUUUCCUGUUCAGACCGCUCUAAAUACGAAGAAGCUGAAUGUCACGGAACAUAUUUAGUUUUCGAGGAUGGAAAUGUGGAUAAACCGGUGUCUAAAGAAAGAGAAUGGUCCAACAAUCGUUUCCACUUCGAUGACGUUCAAAAAGCUAUGCUUACGCUCUUUACCGUUUCCACGUUCGAAGGAUGGCCCUCUCUUCUUUACGUGUCGAUUGACUCACACACGGAAAACUUUGGACCCAUAUACAACUAUCGACCACUGGUUGCGACGUACUACAUCAUUUACAUCAUUGUGAUUGCCUUUUUUAUGGUAAACAUUUUUGUCGGUUUCGUUAUCGUCACAUUUCAAAACGAAGGAGAACAAGAAUACAAAAACUGUGAUCUCGAUAAAAAUCAGCGCAACUGCAUCGAGUUUGCCCUUAAGGCUAAACCAGUGCGACGUUACAUCCCGAAUGACGAUCGGAUCCAGUAUAAGGUUUGGUGGUUCGUUACGUCGCAGCUUUUUGAAUAUACCAUCUUUAUACUAAUCAUGAUGAACACCAUUACACUGUCGAUGAAAUUUUAUCGCCAACCACAGCCCUACACCGAAUGGUUAGAUUUUUUAAACUUACUGUUCACAGCAGUGUUUGCGUUGGAGUUUGUGUUUAAGCUUGCCGCAUUCAGAUUUCAGAACUAUUUCGGAGACGCUUGGAAUGUUUUUGAUUUUAUCAUCGUUUUGGGUAGCUUCAUCGAUAUUGUUUAUUCGGAAGUAACGACCAGCAGUGGAACAAAGGGAGCGUCAACCAUCAUAUCAAUAAAUUUCUUCCGCUUGUUCCGUGUUAUGCGACUUAUUAAAUUACUAGCGCGUGGUGAAGGCAUACGCACACUUCUCUGGACAUUUAUAAAAUCAUUUCAAGCUCUGCCGUAUGUAGCGUUGCUGAUAGUGAUGCUUUUCUUUAUUUAUGCCGUCAUAGGAAUGCAAGUUUUUGGCCGUAUUGCGUUAGAUGAUGAUACAGCAAUACAUAGGAAUAAUAAUUUCCAAACAUUUCCUCAAGCCAUUUUGGUUUUGUUUAGAUCAGCCACCGGUGAAGCCUGGCAAGACAUUAUGCUCGAUUGCUCUGCUCGUGAAGAGGUACGGUGCGAUGAAAAUUCCGAGGAUAAAGAAUCUAAGGAGGGUUGUGGAUCCAAUUUUGCCUUCCCAUACUUCAUCUCAUUCUACGUGCUCUGUUCGUUCCUCAUCAUAAACCUGUUUGUGGCUGUCAUUAUGGAUAACUUCGACUAUCUUACGCGCGAUUGGUCCAUCCUGGGACCACACCAUCUGGACGAGUUUGUGCGAUUGUGGAGCGAAUAUGAUCCCGAUGCGAAGGGCCGCAUCAAGCAUCUCGACGUGGUAACAUUGUUGCGCAAAAUAUCGCCACCGCUCGGGUUCGGUAAGCUUUGUCCCCACCGAGUAGCCUGUAAGCGGUUGGUAUCGAUGAACAUGCCACUGAACAGUGAUGGUACGGUGCUGUUCAAUGCGACACUGUUUGCGGUGGUGCGCACCUCGCUGAAAAUUAAAACCGAGGGCAACAUCGACGAAGCGAACCUUGAGCUAAGACACAUAAUCAAACAGAUAUGGAAGCGAACUAGCAACAAACUACUUGAUCAAGUAGUACCUCCUCCUGGCAUAGAGGACGAAGUGACUGUUGGAAAGUUUUACGCCACCUAUCUAAUACAGGACUACUUCAGGAGGUUCAAAAAACGGAAAAACUAUGAUCGUAACACUGAAACAACUUCUCAUAUGACCUUAUUGGCGGGGUUGCGUAUACUUCACAAAACUGGACCAAAAAUCAGACGAAAAAUUUCCGGAACGCUGCAUGAGAGCGCUUCUUCCAUAAAUCCAGAACCGGCGCAUCGGCGCAACCAUAAACUAUUCGGGAUUACCUGGCCAACAUCCUACACGUUUAAGAAACGCUAUUUUACGAAUGACACUACAAUAAGCUCAACGCAAACACAACGCCCUCCGACUCGACCGCCACGAACGUAUGCAACGCUAAACAAAGGAAUACGGGAUGUCAAUAAAACGUUAAUGUAUGGUUUUCGAAUGAUGCAUGAUCACGAUCAGCUGAAUGAAAUAUUUUCCAGUGACAAUGAUAACGGAGCAAAUGACACCGAUGGUCCGUUGAAGCCAUUGUGCUUCGGGGAAAUAUAUUCGACGCAGACUAGUCGUGUGGUAAAUGCUGCCGAAAACGAAACUUAA